AUGGGCGACCCAAUGGAGAAGCCAGACACAGAUCCUUCCGUUCAACCAAAUCAUGCAGGAGACGAUUACGAAGUGCCCACAUACGAAGCACACUCUUCCUUUGACAGCUUGAAACAGCGUAUCCGGCACCAUUAUGAAAUAGCUUCAGACUAUUAUUACUCCCUGUGGGGCCAGCACAUCCAUCACGCCUACUUCCUCACCCCUGAAGACACCAAGGAGACGGGCCAAAUUAACCUCAUCAACCUUCUGCUCGACAUCUCCAAGCUUGCACCCCAAUCCACGGUUCUCGAUGUUGGGUGCGGCAUCGGUGGAACUACCCGGCAUUUGGCACGUGAAAAUGGCUGUACUGUGACCGGCAUUACAAUCAGUGGACGACAAGUCCAGAUCGCAAAACGCCUCACGAGCGAUGAAGCCGCCCGAGAAGCCAGAGGUGCCUCUUCAAACUCGGCAGCGGCUCCGUCCCAAACCCCCCAAGGCACAGACACCUUCAUACCCCUUGGGCCCAAGAACGGCAAAGUCCACUAUUUCGAACUCGAUGCAGAAAAAAUGGAAAGCAGGUUUGAUCCUCAGUCGUUCGACUGUGUCUGGAUCUCCGAAGCUCUGUCCCACUUCCCCGACAAGCCCUUGUUCUUCUGGAACGCUGCACGCGUGCUUCGCCCGAACGGCAAGCUCGUGCUAGCAGACUGGUUCAAGUCCGCGCCCUUGACGCCCGAGCAAAUGGAGAACGACAUCAAGCCCAUCGAGGACGGCAUGCUCCUCCCCCCUCUGAAAACCAUGGCUGAGUACGUGUCCAUGGCCGAGUCCGCGGGUCUGCGUGUCUUCCACGAGCCAAAGGACAUCUCCCAGCAAGUGGCCCGCACGUGGGACAUCAGCUGGGAACUAGUCAGCAACCCCAGCCUAUGGGCGUUUGCCAUCUCCCAGGGGAGGGAUGGGCUCGCGUUUUUGCAGGCCUUCCGGGCCAUGCGGCGCGGGUACAGUAACGGCACUUUUCGGUACGGGGUCAUGUGUUUUGAAAAAGCGUGA